AUGGAGACUCUUCCGAGCGACGUCGUUUCGGUCGUCCUUCACAAGCUGGCGGUACAAGACCCCCGGUCCCUGGUACGGGCCACGUGCGCCUGCAAAACGUUCCACCGGGAGGUUGAACAGAACCGGGGCGUCUGGAAGGACGCUUUCUUUGGCAGAGACUCGAGCUUCGGGGACCACUGCAAAGACGAGAACAUCGAAGCGGAGAUCCUGGCUUUGGGUGGGUAUGAGCAGCUGGUGAAAGUUCGGUGGGAUGUACCGGGGAAGUUCUUAUCCAGACAAAAGCAGGGGCCUAGGUCGGUAACCGGGAAUGGUGGCUCGGUUCGGGACAGCUCAGAUAGGGAGUUUCACCUGAACAAAAUCCUGGUCGUACUGAGGGAGGAAGGGCGGCUUCUCUUGUGGGGCCUCUUUAAAAAGGAACGCUCGUCCUUUUUGCGGGAAGUGGGCGACUUCACAUUGAAGACAGCACGCCGAGCAGAGGGCGCUCCCGAUAUAACCGCCAUUCGUUUAUCGACCUCUCGCCUCGACUCAGUGUUUGAUGAGCUUGAGAGCGUCGUUUACUCGAGGAUAAAGACGAAGGUUGCGGAAAGGAGCUGGGUCCUUUUACCGGGCACAACGGCUCGUCGGUUUGGGGAGUAUACGCUAAGCAUACAGCUGGUUACGAUAAGGGAGAAGGGGGUUCUUCUUUUACGGCCCUUUCUGGAUCAGGAGAGCCCGUCGCUUUUGCGACAGUUGGAGACUUUUGCUUCAGAACCGCGCACGUAUCGAGGCAAAGCUCCCGAUAGGAUCUUCUUCACCAUCUUCACGUCUCGGGUGGAGCCGGUACUCUUCUUUUUAAGGAUCUUAUAG